AUGAAGUUGGUAUUGGACCUCGUUGCCCAGUCCAUUCUCAAGAGCCCGAAUCGAGAAGAAGCCAUCGACAUCAGGAAAAACAUACUGGAAAUCCUGAUAUCCAUCGUGAUUGGUCGCUCGAAGAAGCCGGUCGCAAAGUCUGCUAUAAAAACCCUGGACCACCUUCUAUCAAAAGGUGUGAUUACCCUGGACGACAUAAAGUCAACGUAUGUUUCUCUUCGCGCAGGGCGUGCCGGCCACGACGACACCGACAUCUGGAGAAGCUUCACUGUGGACUUAUUACACUGGAUGAAAUUGCACUUUGUCUGCUCUAUCGCUGGGCGGCUGAUUGUUUCAAUCUAUUGCCACUGGAGGCAAGGGAAAGUUGCAGGGACUGUUCCUGAGAUUGAGACAUGGCAUCAAUGGCUUCUUGAUUUUCUUUCCGAAGAGGCCGUUCUGCUUGAGUCGAUCAAAAAUUACGUCUUUCUGCCACUUUUCAAAGCUGAUAGGUCUGAAGCCUUGAAAUACCUUUGCUGGAUGAACAAAGACCAUGCUUUGUCGAGCGCCAGGAACAUGAGCAUGGGCACCCCUGCACUGCUUCAGCUAGCUGCUCUUGAGGCUGCAUUGGGGAGCGGCGAUGACGGUGCAGGAGAUCCCUUAUCCAUCACUCUUCAAGAAAAGGUUCUGGAGACCGUCUUGGCUCACCCCUCUCACGAAGUUCGAUCCCUGGCACUCUCUCUGCUCGUGACGUCGCCGUCAACAACCAGGCCUUACUCAUCAACUGCGCUCGACCUUCUCAAGAAGCAUUUGGGGUCGUUCUUCGCUGACCCAGAUGCCAAGUUCAGAGUCGAUUUUUCCGCCAAGGCGAGAGACAUGUUCAAGAGAGUGCGAGGUGCUAUUCACGUUUUGAAGCGUAGCAUACGCCGUGCCAAGGCCAAGAUCCAGAAAGCAAACGCGCUUGUCCUGUCAGGGCAGAGCGCUAUUGCGCAGCCGAUCCUCUACCGCUCAAACCUGAUUUCGCUGCCCGAAGCCCAACUUACAUAUUGCUUGCACGCCCAUGUCAAGUUUCUGCACUGGUACCUUGCCUUCCUGUGCAAUGAAAUGAUCCCGACAGCCUCCUACCAGCGUCACAUCGCGGCGUUGAAAGCAUUCAUGUACAUUAUACGAAUGGAAGAUGACGGCUCCAAAACGUGGGACACAGACGAUGACCAGCAGCUCUUCUUUAAUCAGUUCGACAGCAUGUGGGCGCGAGCAUUGCUCGACUUGAUCAUGGACCCCUUUGAAGAUGUGAGAGAUGUUGCUGCUGCCGCUUUGGCAAACUGCUAUACCGACGGAAGAUACCGGUGGCUCACGCUGGAUGGUUUCGGAACGAGCACCGUGCCCGUCGGACAGUUAAUAGACCUGUCUCGGCGCGCCAGUGAACUUGCUCGUAGAACUGCCAGAGCAGAUCACUCCGACGGUGCGGCUAAAGCAUCGCAGCUGCUCUGCAGGUUCCUCAAAUCCGGAAACGAAAGGCUCCAUAUGCUUUCCACAAUGGUUGACGAGCUGAGAAGCAAGAUUGACCGGGUGGAAAACGAUCUUGGUCGGGCCGUUGUCGAUGCUCCUCUUCACGGGGAUUUUGCGUCUCUUUGUGACACGUGGCAGGUGGUAUCAAAAAUCAAGCUUCUGGCUCCACAAAUGUCUCAGGCACAAGAACUACAAGAGCACAUUGUAUCGUGUUGUGAGCGAACUUGGAACGCCGUUCGAGACAUCUUGUGCGAUGAUUCACCUGAGGGACAUUUACCUGAGGAGCUUGAGGAGGUGGAUGGACUUGACACGAAAGGCCUUUUGAGCUACAGCUUUCGUGCUGUUCAUGAAUCAAGCAAUCUCAUGCGAGCCGUGAUUCUCACCGCACGGAACGCUCCUCAGGGGGAUCUCAUUGUUCCUACAAGUGAGUUAUUCGAGCGGAUAGGUAACCUAACCUUUACCCAGCUGGCGAGUUUGCGUCACAGAGGAGCCUUCACCACGGUUUCGGCUACCUUUGCCACGUGCUGUCAACAGACUAAGCACUUGGCAUUUGAAAGGACUAGGCAGUCUCUAUUGGAUACCUGGUACAAGGGUACCUUGAAUGCCAUCUAUUCACAAGCCUCCACAACUCGACGGUCGGCCGGUAUUCCCUCCAUGGUUACGGGUAUCCUCGCAGCUAACUCGCCCCACCCAACCUUUGACCAAGUCAUGAACACACUCACGUCCCUUGCAGCAAAAGAGGCCAAGGUUUCAGAGAUCAAUGGCUCCAAUCUUCCUCAAGUGCACGCAUACAACUGCCUCAAGGACAUAUUCAAAAACUCGCUUCUGACGUCCCUUGGAAACAAGUCGGAAUCCUACCUGCCUGACUGUCUAGAACUGGCCGCGAAAGGGCUGCGAUCCGAGGUGUGGGCCAUUCGGAAUUGCGGCCUUAUUUUCCUGCGGAGUCUUAUUGACAACUUGUUCGGCACUCACGAGAGCAAGGCCACGAUCGAGGCCGGCUGGGACGGCAAGGCAAACCGCAUCCACUACCACCGGUAUCCUAACCUGCCUACCGUUCUCAGGGCCCUCCUCCAGUCUGGACACCGGAUCCUGUCCGAGCCUACGGAUGCCGGCUCGGCAGCCGAGUCGGUGUUCCCCGCGCUGGACCUUAUCCGCCGCGCUGGACCUCCUGACUUGCUUCGCGACGAGAUCCAGGUUCUCGUUGCCGAGUAUUUACUGAGCCCGGUCUGGCAUGUUCGUGACAUGGCAGCUCGCACGCUUUGCUCCUGUCUCUUGCACGAGCGAUGGCUGGCCGACAUCGAGCAUAUCUGUCGGAGCGCCCUGAGCAGACCAUCAGCACAUCGGCAGAAUCACAUUCAUGGGGUCUUGCUGACCUUGAAAUUCGUUAUUGAGAGGCUCAACGAAGUUGCUCCAGAAUGGCUUCUCGGUGAUCUCGAGCACCUGGGAUCGUUUCUUUCCCAGACCAAGUUAGAUGUUUUAUUCUCCAGUUGCCCAGACGUGGUCGCCGCAUACAUGGACGUGAUCAAUGCGGUAUGGUCCAUCGAGUCGGCCCGCAACCUCCCAUUGUCUCCCUUCAGGGUUUCGCUGCCGAAAACUACCACAGGAUCUGCGCUUCUCAAUAUCCAAAAGGCCGUCUACCACGUGUACUUAACAUCAAGGCUCGACGAACCCAUCCCUUACCUGCAAAGCCAUCUUCAGUGUCCCAGCAUUGACCUGGACGGCCUCGUGGCAGCUCUGGAGACCACGUCCAAGGUGUGGCCUCCCCAAUCGUGCUCCCAAGAUGUGCUGUCCUCUUUGUGCAGCUUGUACAUCACCGUCUGCUUGCAAACCAACUACUUCGAAGCCCAAGUUCUGUGCGUAGAAUCCUUGACCUCCGUUAUGGACGACCUGCUCGAACAGAGGGCCUACGACAAAAUCCCUUGUGGUGCGCUGCUUACUCUCUGGACAGAGCUUGCCGCUCGGCCUAUGAACCCUGCUCUUUCAAAUGCCGUCAUCAGGGCAAGCGGCUGCAUUGCGGCAGCCCACAGUCAUCCCGGGUCCACCAGCAGCAGCAGCAGCCUCCACGCCUGGGGACUCAUCAUGGCGGAUGCCGCUCUGGAUGAUAAGACUUUUGACACUCGCUUCGCGGCCGCCUCAUCACUACGUUCCUUCUUUGCCGUCCACAGCUCUCCCCGAGCCCCGGACCACCUCUUCCCCAUGGUCACACUGUACGAUGCCCUCAACGACGACGACGAACAAGUCCGCGAGGUUGCCGCCGCCGCCGUGCAAUCCAUCGUCGGCGACGCGCUUGUGCCUCUUGAGGCAGCGAACCGGCUCCUUCGCUUCCUGGCCACCGCGUUCGGCGCCUCGCCCUGUUUCAGGGCCAUCGUGGCGGACCGUCUCGUCGGGUAUCAUGGCGUCCGGGCUGCCGCGCGGCAGGCAUGGGAGCCCGCAGAGGAUGAGCUCGCGAGAGCAAUGCAGUUUGACGACUCGCUCUUCGUCGUCGAGGAGAAAAACUUGUUUGUCGAUGAGGUGCGCGAGACGAAGCGCUGGGUCGACGUCUUCAACAGCCUCGACUGGCAGGCCGACGAAGAAUCUCUGAUCAAGCUGGACGAUUGGGUGCGGCGAGGCGUCCUUCACCUGGCCGCGUUGGCGGAGGUCAACGACGGACCACUGGGCUGGGCAUCCGACGCGACCGUUUUCGCCAUUUGUACCCGUUUGGUGCGCAGCUCGGCGGCGCUGGCUGGCAAGACGGGGAGUCUGGACAUGAGGCAAGCCAUAGCCACUGCCAAGGAGGCUAUGCGAUUAAAUGGUUCUCGAAUCUCGCAGCUGCUCACGGAGGGGUGGAUUGGCAUUUGA